UCGUCACACGGUCCGGUAAACUGCUACCAGGGAGCCGAAAAAUAACGGGACACCCACACCUUUUUUCUCCACUACAGUAUUUUUCUUUCGGGUGGUGAAUUCAGAUGAGACAGCGCAACUGUAAUUUGUUGUCUUGGAUGAGCCGUGUCAGAAAAUGCAGUAUGAGAUGACAUCGGCAGUGAAAAGAAUAGCGUGAUAUAUUUUGUUUAGAUCUGAAAUGAGCACUAUUGAUAAUGUGCGAUCUGUUUGAUGACAUUUUGUGAAGAACUGAAAGCGUUUCGACCGAUUAGACCCAGUGUUGGGAGACACUUACAACGACAACGACACUGGAUUUGGGCGCUUAUCACAAAUGACAGACGUCUCUUUCUUAUUACGCUAUAUUCCAUAUAUUGACCAUGUUUUAUUAGACUACAGUCUAUAUUUUUAGAUGAUCUUGAAUAGAUAUAAUCGCGAUUGAAUAGAAAUCAUUGUACACCUUCAAAGCACUGCAAAGAGCAUAGGCUACCCCGUUUUUGUGAUGGCCUCUCUUCAUCAACGAUGCAACGAUGAGCUUUCAUAACGGCAAAUCGGCACAAUAUACUAGUAACUACUAGUCUAUUACGCUACUAUUUAUUUUGAACACAUUUUUAUAAAACAUAGAAGAAAAGUAAAUGAACAUUGCACAGCUAAAUCAUUUAAAUAAAAUCAUGGAUUAUUGAUCUCCAAACUGCAGGCACAAUACAUUUUAUUUUAUUGCCUGAACAAUCUGAACAGACACAAUUUCCCUCCAGUAAAACUGAGAGCAGAACUUCUCUGUAAUGUUGGACAUUAAAAUGAAGGAGGCGUGUCGGAUCUGCGCCCGCGAGCUCUGUGGUAAUCAGCGACGAUGGAUCUUCCACCCGGCCUCCAAACUCAACCUGCAGGUGCUGCUGUCCCACGCCCUGGGCAGAGAGCUGACCCGUGAUGGCCGGGGGGAGUUUGCCUGUUCCAAGUGUGCCUUCAUGCUGGACCGCAUGUACCGCUUCGACACGGUGAUCGCCCGCGUGGAGGCUCUGUCCCUGGAGCGCCUGCACAAGCUGCUGCUGGAGAAGGACCGGUUGAGACAGGGUAUAGGAGGCUUGUACUGGAAGAACAACACAGAGGACCAGACCCAGGAUCAGACUGGGAUGGGAAUGGGGAUAGGGCUAGGGGGUACUGGGGCUGGAGGGACAGAGAGUGGUGGGCGGUCUGAGGGUGACUCCCCUGUGGUGGACCUCUCAGCCCUGCAGGAGGCCAGGUACAGCUCCCUGCUUCAGGGCGACCUGGCCUAUUCUGUGUACGAGUCCUGGGCCGACCACGAGGACCAGCAGAGUCCGGCCCCGGAUCACCAGCACCACACCCAGCAUCAUCACCCUCAAUGCUCAGGAUCAGAGACUCUGUCUGGGCAUUGCUCCAGGCGGUGCAGAGGGUGUGCGGCUCUCCGUGUGGCCGACUCUGACUACGAGGCCGUGUGUAAGGUGCCUCGGCGGUUAGGCAGGAGGAGCACGUCGUGUGAACCCUCCACCCGCUACUCAGGCAGUGCCAUGGGGGGUGAGGAGACCUCCACAGGGUCAGAGUCCACGCCUGUCCCCUCCGACUCCCCUCCCAUGGGGCCAGAGAGCGACAGGACCCUGUGCGAUGGGGACACAGAGAGGAUAACCCUCAGCCCGGGCUCAUCGAUAGAAUCUCAGGACACAGCCGUGGACGUGGCUCAGCCCUGCACCGCUCACCAAGUUGGGGAAGAGGAAGAGCAGAGAGAGGGAGGAGAGAAGGACCCAGGGAGGGAUCAGAGGAGGGACCCUCGUCUCCAGGGGGAUGAUGCCCCCAGGGAGGGGUCAGUCUCUGGGUUGACCAUGGAGCUGGCUCUAAGUCUAGUGAGGAUCUGGGAGUACAGACCUCUAAAAUCCCCUCAAGGCAGCAAGCUCCCUAUCCUGGUCAAACCCAAACUGGAGACGGGCCUCCCUGGGCUCCCCCUGUCCCUCAGAACCCCAGACUAUGACCUCUACUCCCACCCUGGUAUCCCAGAGCUGGUGAGCCCCAGCAGUCAGCAGGAGCUGCAGACAGAGCUGUCAGAGAUGGAGGAGCAGUGGCUUGAUGACUAUGUGCAGUGUGGCCCCUUCUGCUUCCAGCAGAGGCUGCUAGAUGAACAGCAAGGCCAGCUUCGUCAGUAUGAGACUGCUGCAAGUGAGUGUGUUACUGAGCUCCAGACGGCCCAGCUCCAGGUCCACUCUCUACAGGCCAAGAUCAGAGAGAGCGAGGCCAGGAACCAGAAGCUGCAGGUGCGACUCGGGGACAUGGAGUGUGAGCUGCGCUUGGUCAGAGAGAAGGCCCAGAGACAGGAACGAAACGUCCUCAACCUCACUGACACUGUCAACAGCAAGGAGACUGAGGCAGCAGAGUUGUACCGGGUCAUAGAGGAGCAGAAUAACGUGCUGUGUUCUUUGAAAGAGCUGGCCAACAGAACCCAGCUCCAGACACUACAGGUGUCUGGGGCAGAGUUAGUGCGAGGGCAGGGGGAGGUGCUGGCCCUCCAGGGCUCUCUGUUCCAGGCCCAGCUGGAGCUGCAGGAAGGCCAGAGGGCCCAGCGUCAGGCCACCAGGAGGGAGGAGGACCUCACCAGAGCCCUGCACCGCCUGGAGACAGACCUACAGGGAGUCAUGGAGCACAGACACAGUACUGAGAGACACAACCAGGACUUGCAUCUGGUGCUUGAGAAAGCUCGAUCAGAGCUGCAGCGGAAAGAGGAACAGCUGAAAGAGAAGAAGGGAGAGAGACGGAGAGAGGAGGAGGAGAGGGAGAAGAGCAUCCGAGAGCUGAGGACCUCGCUACAGACCAAAGAGCAGCUGUUGCAGGAGUACUCCGAGUUGUUGGACCAACAGCAGGAGCCUAGGGAGAAGAGAGACACUCUCCUCACCAAACUGAAAGAUCGCAUCAAGGACAGGGACAGAGCACUGGAGCGAGCGGUGGAUGAGAAGUUCCGCUGUGUGGAGGAGAAGGAGGGAGAGAUGCGUCGGCUACAGCUUCUUCUCAGAGAGAAAGAGAGAGACCUGGAGAGACAACACUGUGUACUGUCCAACAACGAAGAGACCAUCACGAGUCUGGAAGUGCUGGUGCGUGGGAAGGGUUUGGAGCUGGAGCAGGUGUGUGAGGCAUGGAGGAGUGUACAGCGCCACCAUGAGGGCAGGGAGGAGAGACACAGCCGCAGCCUGAGAGAGAGAGACACGCUCAUCAGCCAGCUACAGAACGCCCUGAACACACGUACCAAUGAGGCUGAGGACCUGACCGGAGCCCUGCUAGGUAAGGUGAAGGCAGGUCCCAGUGAGGUGGUGGAGGAGCUGAAGGCUCGCCUCUCUCUGAAGGAGAAACUGUUCCAGGAACUGCUGUCCGACCGCGGCCGCCAGGCCCAGGAGCAUCACUCACAGGUCCAGGACCUGCUCAACACCAUCGGCACCAGAGACCAGUACAUCCAGGAAUCGGCAGGUCGUCUGGGUGAGGUGAUGAGUGAGCAGACUGUACGUCUCCAGGAGCUCCGCAGACAGCUAACCUCUUGCUCCCUGGCCUAUGGGUCUCAGCUAGACCUCCAGGGUCCAGACUUCCAGGGGACCAGCCAGGACCUCCGGGCCUUGCAGGAGGAACUGCGUCUGGCUCUGAGGAGGGAGAGGGAGGCCCAGGCUGAGCUCACGGGCCUCAGGACCCAGGGCACUGCCAGGCCAGCUGACAGGCAGGCAGAGUUUGAAGAAUUCAGCUCGGAGGACAGUGAUAAUGUUGAGGUCAACAGUAACUAUGCAGAGAGCAUGGAGGAAGAGGACUCCAAACUGACAGCUCGAACCCUAGCCACCAUGCAGAACUCUGGAGGACCUGGGAAGGGGAAGCUAUCCCAGGAGGCAGUGGGAGAGGCCCAGGGGCUGGUGAAGCAGCUGGUGCAACAGAAGAGGGUGGUGGAGAGAGAGCUGCAGGAGCUCAAGGCUCAGCUGGAGAAGGCUGGCUUCUCCCUGUCCAGGAUGAGGAAAUCCCUCUUCAGCCUACGCAUGGAGAACACGGAGUUGAGGUCUCACCAGACAGAGAGACAGUCAGAGACAGACCCCAGGGAUGAACAGAGAUUCCUGGAAGAAGAGCAACUGUGUGGGGUUGAUCGAUCUGAUGGCUGGGAGGAUGAGCGUCUGUCCCAGGGGAAGCACUGUGCCCCCAGGCCCACCUUGAGAGACCCUGGCCUGGGGAAGAGACACUGCACUAGGCCUGUCUCUCUGGACCUGGGAGCCCUGCUGUCCCACUCCACACAGGAAGGGGAAGACAUCACACCAAAUUAUACUCUAAUAACGCGUGCUACUGUAUGUACGGAGGAUGAUGAGGAGGAGGAGGCAGGAGGAGGAGAAGCUGGAGACAGGAAGCAGAGCCCCACGGAAACUGUGAUGGUUGAGAAUGCGGUGCGGCUCCGGCUGGAGAGCAAGGAGCUGCAGGAGAGACUCAUGGUUUCUGAGGCCACUGUGGAGGCUCAGGCUGAACAGCUCAAAGACUACAGAGAUCUCCUGAUGGAGACGUCUGUGCAGCAGGACAGUAAGCAGGUCCAGGUGGAUCUACAGGACAUGGGCUAUGAGACGUGUGGUCGCAGUGAGAACGAGGCUGAGAGGGAAGAGACCAGCAGCCCAGAGUUUGACGAUCUGGAGAUGUGCACGUCUCUGGAAUGCGGCGGCUCCCAGUGGUGGUCAGGCGUUGUGCAUCCUGGGAAGGCCAGUCCUCCAACAUCAACCUCCGAGGCUGAUGACUUGACAUCUCUCCAGCGAUUGGUGGAGGACCUGCGCUCGCAACUCUCCCGCUCCCAGAUGGUGAUCCGGAGCCUCCAGGGCCGCCUGCGCUCCCUCUCCACCUCCAGUGACCCCUUUGGCCCCUCCAACGGCCCCUCCACCCCCCGCAAGGUCAAUUGGGCCAUCCAGUUCCAGUCCUCGCCCUCCCAGAGCGGCCUGGAUGAGGACGAGGGCUGGGAGUCGUCUGGUGGGGGUCUAGGGCCCUCCUCACAUCACCCCAAACCCGACAAGGAUCUCCAGGAGCUGGUGUUUCGCGUGGGAGCCCUGGAGGACCAGCUGAGGAAGGGCAAAGGGACCCAAGCAGGGACUCCAGGGCUCCCUGCAGAGGGAAAGGCUUCCAUCUGGCCUGGGCCUGGGAAGUUUGAUACCCUAAUACAGGCGCAGGCCCGUGAGCUGUCGCACCUGCGCCAGAGGAUGCGAGAGGGGAGUGGCGUGUGCCACAUCCUGACCCAGCACCUGGGCGACACCACCAAGGCCUUUGAGGAGCUGCUGCGUGCCAAUGACAUUGACUACUACAUGGGCCAGAGCUUCAGAGAGCAGCUGGCGCAGAGCAGCGCCCUGGCAGAGAGAGUCAGCACCAAGAUCAGCGGACGGGAUCAUCCAGAGAUUCAUGAUGACAAGACUGGCACAGAGCUGCUCGCCAUACGGCUGAGUAAGGAACUCCAACAGAAGGAUAAGGUCAUUGAGUCUCUCCAAGGCAAACUCAACCAGCGCCAGCCUCGUUCUGACACACCCUGCAGUAGCCGUGCCCUCUCCGACACCACCGACCAAUCAGACCGCAUCUCAUUUGUGUCUGAUGAUCAGGGCUCCACUAAUGAGGAGCUGGAGCUGUGCUCGGACGUAGACGCAGCCAGCGAGUAUGGCCAGGAGGACAGACGCGCCUCCCCUAGAGCUAGUACAGAUUCUCACUGUAACAGUGUACCCAUGUCACGCCACCCCUCCACCCCUCCGUCCAACACUUCAUCCCACGGACACCAGUCCUCCAUCAGCUGUCUCAGCAGGCAGCCGUCAGGGGACACACAGACACAGACAGGGUUUUCAGUUCCUUCAGCCAAGCCGUUUGUUGGCUUCCAGAUGUCGGCAGAUCCCUCCAGUUACCUGCCCCAGCCUCUGUCCUACCAUACCUUCCACCCGUCUCCUCACAGUGGCCCCAUGAAGGCAGGAACCAGCCUCCUGGAGAGCAGUGCAAUGUGGGACAUGGCUUACGGCGCUCAGCCAAUUAGAAUUGGCGCUGCUGAUUUGUCAUCAGGGUCGUCAGGAUACCAGUCUGGCACCAGCCAUACAGGUUCUGACCUAUUGAAGGAGCAGCUGAGGGAGAUCAGGAGUCUACGUCAACGCCUGGAGGAUUCCAUCCAGACCAAUGACCGCCUCCGACAGCAGCUGGAGGAGAGACUGGUCAACCAAGCCAGAGACAAAGGUGCCCCCACCAACAUCUACAUCCAGGGCUUGGACUCUGUCAGCCAGCUUUCCAGUGAGAUCAGAGCUCUGAAAGAGGAGAACCUCAGCCUGCAGGCCCGACUCCAAAAGGCCAGCAGAGACAGCAGUAAGGAGGCGGAACAGCUGCGGGAGGCGUUGCUGUUGGGGCGUGCCCGUGUGAAGGAGGCAGAGUUAGAGACCGAGCGGUGGGCGGAGCAGGGCAGGAAGCUGCAGAAGCAGACACAGGCUCAGACCCUGGAGAUCACCCAGCUGAAACAGGACAGGCAGAACGACCAGGAGGCCAUCAAAAGGUUGCAGCACGAGGUGAAUGUCUUUGAGCAGCAGGUGUGUGAGAGCCGUGGCCUUAUCCACUCUCUACAGUAUAAGCUCCAGAUGUACCACAGAGUGUGUGGCGUCCCCAAGAAUACACAUACAGGUGAGGGGUCACACUCAGGGGAGUCUGCGCCCAUUGACCCCAGGGACCUGCAUGUUCCGCUGGGGCAGCAGUUGACCUCUGCGACAUGCCCUCCUGGAGCGAGGAGACAGCUCUUCCACGACCCGGCUCUCUCUCCCCCUGUCCGAGAGACUGGACUCUUGAGCCCUGCUUCCCAUCUCUCCCCCACACUGGAACCCCAGGAGGCUGACUCUUCUCUGGAGGGCCAAGCCCCAGACGGCUCUUUUACAAACCGUAAUGGCCGCUACGCUGUGGGGCAUGUUGAUGACUUCCAUGCCCUACAGCAGCAGAUCCUGGAGGGACACGUCCUCAUCGGCAACAUGGAGACUGCCCUCCAGGCCACUGCCAACCAUGCCCUGCUGGAGCUCAGCCUGGAUAAGGCUGCGCAUCCUGGCUUGGCGAGUAGACUGCUGACUAGCACUAAGACCCUGCGGCAGAUCCUUGAGGAAGCCAACUCCUUGCUCAGAAUGUUCUGGAGGGCAGCCCUGCCCAGUUGUGAGGGGUACUCUCAGAGCACCAAGGAGCUGUUUCUAAAGGAUGAGGUCCACAUGCUCCGUCAGCGGGUCUCACAGCAGGAGGAGGCUCUAAGGGACGCCAUGGAGACACUGAAGAGCUCCAACCGCACCAAAGACAGCAUGGAACACUUCAUCGUCAGCCAACUGUCGACAACAAAGGAUGUCUUGAAGAAGGCACGGACAAAUUUAGAGGUGAAAUCCCAAGAGGCUUCUGCGAGCUCACCCAUUCUGCUGGUUCGGGUGUUGUGAAGCAACAGAUAAAGGCUCCAUCACCCAGAACUCCUACCGUGGCCCAGUAAUACCCAGGGUCUGACCCAGGGGGUUAACAGACUGCACCCUCCACAGCCAGCCUCUUUGUGAUGCACCAGCUUCAGCCUCCUCCUAAUACUGGGAGACAGGACAGGACUCUUCCUGUUUAAAAGGAAACAAAGUACAUAACAGGUCUCUGCUUAAAUAGGGGGGACACUACAGUUGAGGGGAGACGGUCUGAUAGUCAGUAGAGGUUCAACCAGGUACUCUCUGUGAUGUCGACGACUGCCUAUCUCAGGUGUUAUGUAUAGCUUUUGUAGGUGCUACGAAGGUUUCUCAACUGAAGUGUAUCCCCUAUUUUACCUGAUAUACAGUACCAGUCAAAAGUUUGGACACACCUACUCCUUCAAAGGUUUUCUUUAUUUUUACCAUUUUCUACAUUUGAGAUAAUAGU